AUGAGGUCACCGUCCCACCAAAAUUUAAAUACCGAAUAUACCCUUAGUCCACCGUCGACCCCGCCCCCCACCGCCUACCGCAGCCGCCGGCCGCCACCGGCCACCGCACGCCGGCCGCCGCCCGCCGGCCGCCCAUCGCCGCCGCCGCCCGCCGCCGUCGGCCGCCGACCGCCGCCGUCGGCCGCCGACAGUCGGCCGCCGAUCGCCGCCCGCCGGCCGCCCAUCGCCGCCCGCCGAUCACCGGCCGGCGCCCGACCGCCGACCGUCCGGUGGUGGCGGCGGUCGGCGGGCGGCGGCGAUGGUCGGCGGCCGGCGACGGCGGCGGCCGGUAGCUGCCGCAAGCUCCGGCAGAAGUGCGGCGACCGUCAGUAG